AUGACGUAUGAUUUGAAUCCCAUACCAUCUCCAUCGGGUUUUAUACUCACUCGCUCACCUGGUCUUGAACCGUGCGGUCGUCCUGCUUCCGGCCAUGCUCGCCAUUACCCUUUUAUCCUCGACCCCAAACCCCUCUCUCGAGAUGCACACUACGGAGGAAAGAUGAAGUGCUGUUGUUUAGGCAUUUCCAACCUGCCACCCUCCUUCUCCUCCUCCUCCGUUUUGUCUGGCAAAUGCCGCUUCCGGUUCCACUACUAUUACUCUCCGCCAAACAAGAGACCGGUGAGGUUUCGUGGCUUCCAUGCCCUCCGUUGCCACAAGAUGUACGUCCCUGGAUUUGGGGGGGCUUCGCCGGAAUCAAAGGCCGCAAGAAAUCUCCAGGAUUUCUUCACUUACGCCGCCGUUAAGAUUGUUCUGGCUCAGCUCGAGAGCUAUAAUCCUGAGGCAUAUCAGGAGUUGAUGGAGUUUAUCAACCACAACUCUUUGAAUGAUGGGGACAUGUUCUGUAGAAGGCUGAUGCCUCUUCGUAUUUUAGAGGUUCGAUCGGCAUAUUCAAAAAAAGAUUUCGAGUGGGACAACUUAAAGAAGUUAGCUUUUAAGAUGGUUGAUGAGUCUAACACUAGGCUCAUGAGGGAAUAUGUGACAGAAACAAGUCACCUAGAAAAUGAGCAGUAAAUUUUUGAGAUGCAAGUUACUCCUUCCCAAAACAUCUGGAUUAUAUAUAUCAACAUGGCAUGGCAUGCUACAUGACAUAAGCCUUAUGAAUUGUGGCAUUUAAAAGUACUUGUACAUUAGUUAUACGUAGAUAUCAUAAGAAAAUGAUUCAAAAAGAUUGGAUUAUGUUAAAUGCCAAACUAAAGUUCUAUUAGAAUGUAAUGAAGCAUGGUAAUUUUUUA